UGUGAAAUUGUUAGACGGUCCCUAACUGAAAUCCGUUGACCUGAGCUCAACAGUUUGCAGGUGUGAUGCUCAGUGAGCCCAUCAUGCUCUCAAACGCGAAUACUUUGGCGAAGUUGUAUCUGUCUAUCAUUGAUGAUGUGAUGGAGAGCGUUAGAGAAAUGUUUUAUGAUGAAGGAAUAGACGAGCGAGUACUGGACAACCUCAGACAGCUCUGGGAGUCAAAGGUUGUGCAGUCUAAAGCUGUCGAGGGUUUAAUCAAAGACAGCAAUCCAUCCAGUUUUGUUCUGCAGUUGCCAGGGAACUACACACAAACUCUCAACAAGCCCACUGUUGUGAUUCCUGCUGCUCAGAAUGUACAGAAUUUUACUUCUAAAGCAAACAACUGUAGUUCAGUUACCACAUUCUCACUGCCACCUGGAAUAACUUAUCCAGUACAGAUCCCCGCCGGUGUCACUUUACAGACAGCUUCAGGACAUUUCUACAAAGUCAAUGUUCCUGUAAUGGUCACACGAGGGGCUCAGCACGUCCUGACCCGACCUGCUCAGACAUCAAACCCGGCUCCUGUCGCUCAUGGCAUUGUGGCGCAACUGUCUACUGCUUGCCAUCCUGCAGCAUCUGCGUGUCCAGUGUCUGAUAGGACACCGAGCCCACUGAACAUUGAAGCCUCGUCUGAUAAACCCCUGCCAUCACUUUCAGAGAGUCAAAGUGAAUUCACUCUUGAUGGCAUUGACUUCAGCCCGGAGCCACUUGACAUGAGCACAUCCUCUCCUUGCACCCCUCAGCUACAGGGCCAACACUCAGAUUUUUCUUCCAGUUAUGCACAGGACAUGAUAGAAAUGCCUUUGAAAGAACCUGAGAGAUCCAGUGUGUUGAAUAUUGAAUCUGCUCCUUCAAGCAUGCCAACCAAAGACGCAAAGCUUGAGAUGAUGGAGCUCCACACUGACCUUAACUUCAAUGAGCUGGUGGACAUCACACAACUAGAUGGAGUUGCUAACAGCAGCUCAGACACUGAAGAUGAAGAUAAUGAUGAUGAUGAUGAUUUGGGGCUUGUUGGAGAGAAUGAGUUCCUGGGAUUGAUCAAUGCCAAUGAGGAGGAAGAGGAAGAGGAGGAAGAGGAUCCACUGAAUUCAGGAGAUGAUGUGAGUGAACAAGAUAUCCCAGAGAUCUUUGACACUGAGAACAUCAUUGUUUGCCAGUAUGACAAGAUUCAUCGUAGCAAAAACCGAUGGAAGUUUUACUUGAAAGAUGGUGUCAUGUGUUAUGGAGGGAAAGACUAUGUUUUCUCUAAGGCUGUCGGAGAGGCUGAAUGGUGAAAUAGUAAUAUUAGUAUAAUGCAAUAUUUUUGUUUUAGGCUUCUAAUGCAGCCGGUUUAUUUAUAAAAAAAUUUUUUGUUAAUUUUUGUUUCCAUGGUGGCAACAGAAAUCCAUGUUGGGGCUUAUUUGAACCUUAAACCUUAAAUUUAAAGCUAUGAUUCUGUUUAUCUAUUAAUCAAUAUACAUUUUUUGAAAUGUAUGAUGUCAUAUGAUCCCAUUAGUUGUUUUCUUAUUUUGGAGACAGUUAAUUAAUGUAUUAACA